UGCUGCGGGGGCCGCGCCGAGGGGAGGCGGCGGCCGUCAGCGGCGGCGCUUGGCGGGGCCCGGCCGCCCCACCGCCGGCCCGCGGCCAUCCUGAAAUUAUGUGGAAAUGGGGUAGUGGAGAAGAUUCUCCUUCCAAAACAGCAGCUGCAGGCUCCCAGGAUGCGAGCAGCAUGUCGGUGACGGAUCUGGCCGAGCAGCUGGCCAGCACCGAGCAGCUGGUGGCGCAGCUGAAGGAGCUUGUCAGGGAGAAGGAUGCUGAGCUUCGCAAGAAGGAUCUCCAGUUCAAGGAGGAGAAGGAAUCUGCUGAUGCCAAACUCUCCAAGUUGAAGCUACAGAACAAAGCCAAGGUUGCUUCAUUAACCUCACAGUUAGAAGAGCUUAAGAAACAGUUACCAGACUCAGGAGGAUUAGAGGGGAAAGCAGAACCAAAGAAGGCAUCGAAGGAUGGUGACCAGGAAAAUGCUGCAGCAAAUCGUGGGAAAAUCCUAGUACUGAGGAGGAGGAUUGAGGAGCUGGAGGGCCAGAUCACACAGAAAAAUGAAGAGCUGCAGAAAAAGAGCGUGGAGCUGGAGGCCCAGCGCUGCCGUGGGGCUGAAAUGGAUGCCAUGCUGGCAGAGAAAGAGAAGAAGUUAGCUGAGAGAGAUGCUUACAUCAUAGAUUUACAGAUGGCCUGUGGCUCAGGUGCUGCUUCCAGUGAAGUACUCCUGCCUAAUGAAGAGCUGAAGAAUCAGCUGGCUGUUAAAGAGUCAUCGCUGCAAAGCAUGGAGGUUCUGGUGCAGAACCUUACCAAGAAGGUUGGAGACAGCGAAGAAAAGUGUAGCUUGUUCCAGGAACAGAUUGAGAGUCUUAAAAAUAUCCAGAACAAAGAGAGGGAAAGUUUCCAGGGGAAAGAAGCUACCUACAUGGAAAAUGUACGUGUGUUUCAAGAUAUUAUCCGGGAAAAGGAAAAGGAGCUGGAAGCGCAGAGAGAGAAGCAUGAGCAGGAGCUCUUUAAACUGGCUGCUAAAUCUGAUGCAAGUGCUGACCUGGAACAGCUACUAAAGGCCUUGAAACAGAAACUCCAUGAAAAGGAAGAAGUCAUGCUGGGCAGGACACAGGUGAUAGAUGUCUUGCAAAAGGAACUGGAUGCCAAAGAGCAGCAGUUGCAGGAAAUCAGUGAAAACCUGAAGCGUCUUCUGUCUGAAAAAGAAAACCUCCAGUCUAAGCUGGAUGCUGAGAAACAUGUAAUGAGAGCCCAGUUACGAGACAUGAUGGAGAAACAUGAGCUUGAAAUGACAAAAGUGAAGGAGAAAUAUAAUGCUGAACUGCAUGAAAUUAAAGAGAAACAUGAAACCGAGCUGCAAGAGAAAGACCAGGCCCUGUUCCAGCUCAAGAAACAGGUGGCAGAAUUGAGUGGUGGCAAAGAGAGUAACUCCAAAGAAGUUCAUCUGGAGUCUGUAACCAAAGAGAAGAUGGAAGGUUUAGAAGCCCAAGUGAAACUGAAAACAGAAGAGGCCAGCAAAUCUGAAGCCAAGUUUCUGAAAAUGAAGGCCUGGUCUAAGUCAAGAAUCAAGCAGCUGGAGGAUGAACUCAAACGUUUCUCCUCAAAGGAUAACGAUGUGUCCGCCUUGAACGGUCGUGUCUCCCAGUUACAAAUGGAAAAUGAAGAGCUGCAGGCAAAACUGCAAUCCCUACAUGAAAUCAGAACCCAAAAUGAGGAACUGCUGACUAAGCUGGAACUCUAUGAAGAGCAGCAGAGGAAGUUGCAAGCUGAUCUUGACCAAGUUACCAAGAGGGCAGCAUCACAGGCCAGUGAAUCAGGCAGUGUGGAUGAACUGCAGAGUCAGCUCCUGGAGUGGCAAGAGAGUGUACCAGAGUCAGAGGAGUCCCGUGAUCAAGUCAGAGAAGAGAAAUCAGCCAUGGCCCUGAGAAUGGCUCAGAUUGAGGAGGAGAGAGAAGCCAUGGUCUCAGGGCAACAGGAGCUGGAGGAGGAACUGGCCACAGUUCAAGGAAUGGGCAGGCUGCCGCAGGCAAGAAGAAAAAGCAAUCAGAGCAACAGGAAGCUUCAGGAGGAAUACAGCUUUGAUGGGAAACCAUGCUUUCAGGAGCUGAAUGUCACCUUGGCCAGCACCGAUUCAGCUGAAGGAGAAAACAUGGGAGGUUGGUGGCCAGAGUACACUUCACCUAAUGCAGGCUUACGGAGUGUGGUCGAGGAGCUGGAAUUGGAAAGAAAUCAACUGCAGGAACAAAUCCUUUGCCUGGAAGAGCGUUGUCAGGAUUUGGAAGACAGAUUGCAGCUUCAAGGCAGAAUGGAGGCUCUUCAGAAUGAGAACGACCGUUUGCAGGCUCAGCUCAGCCAGCUGCGCAGCCAGCAAGCACGAGAUGUGGAAAAGCAUCAGAUCCUGGUCUCUGGCUUGAAUGAGCAGCUUAAAGGAUUAAGUGACAGAAAUAGCUUCCUUGAAAAUUCACUUGGAGAAAAAGAACAAAAACUGUUGAGCACGACAGAAAAACUGGAACAAAUUGAAACGCUGAGGAAACUGCUUCAAGAAAAGGAUCUUCUGAACAAAGAGCUUGGGGAAAAGCUCAUGCAUACUGAGCAAAAACUGAAUGAAGCCUCAAAGAAGUGCAGUGUGCUUGAAGUGGAGAACACUGAGCAGAAAACAGUCAUCAGUGAUCUAACAGAAAAAGUUGCUACACUGAAGGAAAAGACCUUGAAACAAGACGGCAUGGUAGAGUCGAUGCAGCUGGAUCUGGACCAGACCACCGAAGAGCUUGACAAAUUGAAUACAAGCCAUUUGGAGGAAAGGUCUCAACUUAUUCAAGAUCUUCAGAAAUGUGAAAGAGAAAUUGAUACUCUUAAAGAAGCACUGGCAGAAAAAGACAGGGAGAUGUCUGCCCUGUCUUUGAAUAUGACAGAAUAUUCUGAGCAGGUUAUCAUCCUGAAGCAGCAAGUGCAAUGCAAAGAGGAAGAAAUCCGAGGGAUGGAAGAGGCUUUAUCAAAGGCUGAAAGGGAAACUCAUUUACUGAAAGAAGUGCAAACAGCUGAUGUAAGAGAUGCAAGUGUGAAGAUAUCUGUUCUCUCUGAGCAGAGUAAUGCCAUGAGGUUAGAGCUGGAAAGGCUUAGAGUUGAGAAUGAGGCUAAAUCCAGAGAAAAUGAGGAACUAUUAAAACAAAGCAGUGAGAACAGCAUCACAAUUAAGGAUCUCCGUGCUGAAAUCAAGGCCAACAGUGCUGCAUACCAUAACAAACUUGCAGAGUGUGAGUCACAAAUUACUUUGUUGAAAGAACAAAUCAGUAAAUCUUCUGAAAAGCUACAAGAGAUGGAGGAUAAACAAAGGAAAGAAACCGAAUAUUUGAAAUCUCAGCUUGAGGAAAACAAUACUCUAGAGGAAAAAUGGAACAGUGUGCUUAAAGAGAAAGAGAGCAAAGCACAGACACUUGAAAAUGAGUUAAAAUCAAUUAAAGAUUCAUACAACAAACUGGUUUUGGAAAAUAGCAAAAGAGAUGAGGAGUUGGCCGAGUUGUCUGGGAAGCUUAAAGAAGGUACUGAGCUCCAGGAAACAAUUAAAAGAGAGCUACAAGAGAAACAAGAGUUCGUUAUUUCCUUAGAGCAGAAGCUUGGGCGUUUGGAGGAGCAAAGUAAAGAGACUGAAGUUAAAUUAACUGGAGAACUGAAAGCCAAAGAGGCAUGUUGCAAGGAACUUAAUAACCAAUUAAAUGAAGUUCAUAAGCAAAUUAACAGAAUGGAAACGGAGGCACGGGAGAAAGACUCGGCUAAUAAACAAUUGCAGGCAGAUCUGGAGGGGAAAGGAGAAAGAUUGGCAGAGCAAAUAAAAGCAAAUGAGCAUCUGCAAAAAAAUCUAGAUAUGGUGGAAAAAGAGAAGGAACAGCUAAUGAGUGAAAAGGAGAAUUUGUCCAAACUCCUGGAUGCAAAAGAGUGUGAAUUGCUAAGGCAAACCCAGGCUGUGGCAGAAAUAGAGAAUAAGUUAUCUGCUAGCACUGCUGAGUACGAAAAAUCUCUUUCGAGACUGCACUGCGAUAAAAACACUCUGGCAAAAGAGAUUGAACAACUUUCAGUACUUGCCCAGCAAAAAGAGAAGUCAGUUGCAGAACAGCUGCAGGAGAAAACAAAAGAAUGUAAUGUGCUGGCUGAUCAGUUGCUGGAAAGCAAGGAACAGACACAGCAGUUGCAUGAACAAAUGCAAUCACUUGUCAUUCAGCUGGAGGAUGCUAGGGACAAAGAAAUAAAGAAAGAAGAGAUGUUAAAUAAUAAAUUAUCUGAAUGCAGUAAUCUAACUCAGGAGCUCAGUGACAAUAAGGCAAAGAAUUUACUGCUGCAGGAACAAAUUCAAAGAGUAACUUUGGAUAUUGAAACUGCAAACAGGUCUCUAGAAGAGAAAAUCCUUCAGAACGAUUCAUUGCGUAAGGAAGUUGAAGGGAGUAAGCUUUGUAUUGUAGAGCUGCAGGAGAAAAUAGCAAACCUUAAAGAUGAAAAAACAAAAUUAUCUCAGUUGGUAGAGGAAAGAGACCUGGCUGUCAAAAGUCAGGGUUCAGAACUUGAGAAGUGUCAUAGGCAGGUUUCUGAAAAACUGGAAGAAAGUGCAGUGUUGAAUAAUCAGCUGCAGCUAUUAAUCAAAGAAGUGGAUGUGCUUAGGCAUGAAAAGGAGAGCUGCUCAAGCUUACUGAGCGAGAAGUCACGUGAAUGUGAAGUUCUCCAGUCACAGCUGGUGCAGCAGCAGGCUGAAAUUACUUCAGCAAGGCAACAAGCAUGUGCAGCAGCUCUUGAGAAUGACAAGUUGAAAGUGGACAUUGAAAUGGUUAACCUUACAGUGAGACAAAAGUCAGAGGAAGUAGCUGCUUUAACUUCACACUUGUCCCAACAAAGUCAUAAUAUUUUAGCCCUGAAGGACCAAAUUGAUUGCCUGUUGCUUGAAAAAGAAAACUUGAAAGUUGUCUGUGAGGAAAAAGAAACUCUCCUUUCUGAAAAGGAGGCCUUGAUGGAGCAAAUGAGAGAUAGUAAAAUGGCAGGAGAGGGGCAAUACAUGCAAAUCAUUUCAGACCUGCAAAACCAAAUACAAGGCCUCGGUUCUGAAAGGAGCCAGCUUAGACAAGCAGUGCAGGAAAAGGAAAAUGAAUAUAAGAAGCAAGCCCAAGAAUUAAUAUUAUUGAAAGAUAAAUCUGAAGAGGCUGAUGUACUUAGGGUUCAACUGUCUGAGAAUAUGGAGGUUAUUUCUGCCCUCCAGUAUCAGCUUAAAAAUGCAACAGUAAAGUCCUCCCAGUUGAAUGAUUCAAUUGUGCAGAAGGAUGAGUCACUAAAACAAAAGGUAGAUGAAUGCAUCAGUUUAAAAGCACAUCUUUCUGCUUUGCAGGAGUCUUCUGCUUUGCAGGAGAACCAGUUAAAGCUUUUAGCCUCUGAAGCUGAGCAACUGAAAGGACUUGUUGCAGAAAAAGAAUUAGCCAUCAACAAUAUUUCACUAUGCAGUGAGAAAUUAAAGAUGCAGCUUCAAGAGAAAGAGAAUGAAUGUAAGGUCUUAAAGCAGCAGGUGGUGGAGCUGGAGGAAGUGAGAGGGAAUUUACAGAAAGAAAUACAACGUCAGAAGGAUGUAAUAACUGAGAAGGACCUGUCCUUAACAGAAAAGGAAUCGUCUCUUAGGGAAAAUAAAAGCCUCCUGGAAACUCUGAAGGAGAAAGAAAGGAAGGAUGAAGAGAAGACCAAUUUAAUUUCUCAUUUCCAAGGGCAGAUAGAUGAGCUAACGAGAGAACUACAGAAAUCUGAGCAACUGGUCCGUGAGAAGGAAAAUGCCUUUUUAUCUCUUCAGGAGAAAGUUGGAGCAGAGUAUGAACGAAGAACUGAAAUGAAUGCAGCCCUGGAGAAAAAAGAGGAGGUUAUUGCUGACCUGCUGAGUUCUUUAAAGGAGAAGGCCAGCAGUCUAGCGCUGGCAGAUGGCAACGUUCGUGAUCUUUCCAGUGAGAUUGAGGUGCUCAGAGGCAAACUAGAGAGAAGUGAUGCAGCCAUGAAAAGCCUUACUAAAGAAUUGCAGGAAAAGAGUGAGAAGCUUGAUAUUAAUCAGAAGAAAAUGGAUUCUUUGGCUGUGGAGCUUGACAGCCUUAAAAAUGAACACCAGAAAGCACUGGACCAAGUAAGAACGUGGGAAGAAGAGGCACGGCAGAAAGAAGCGGCUGUGGAGGCUCUGCGUGUGAAGCGCACGGAGCAGGCAGACAGCAUCGCACGUUUGCAGUCGGAGCUGGACAGCCUGCGUUCCAAAGCGGCUCGAGACUGCCGUGACAAUGAGCUUUUGGUAGGCAGUCUGCAGAGCCAGCUGGAGUCUAUAGGGAGAGAAAACAAACUGUUGCAGGAAGAUGCUGAUAAACUGAUGGUGGAAAACACACAACUUAGUGCCUCCCAAAAUGAUCUGCAGAAGAAAUUGGAAGAGCUCCAAGAAAUCAAGGAAAAGCUAGAGACCAGUGAGAAUUAUUCAAGAAUGCAGAUAGAUGCUGUCAGACUGCAGAUGAAGACUGAAAAUGAGAAGUUACAGAUGCAGGUUAGUGCAAAGGGUGAAGAACUUGCUAAAUUAGAACUUAAAUACAAAACUCUAGAACAGAGUCUGCUUGAGUCAGAAAACACAUGGGUGACAGAGCUCGAUAGGGCAACCUUACAAAAUACUAACCUUACUGAGCAAUUGAGCAGCUUAGAGAAUGAGAUGAAAUCAAAGGAUAGCAAAAUGCAGUUUUUGCAGCAAGAGCUGGAUCUUAUAAAAGAGGAAUUAACUCAAAGCUUAUCUCCAUUACUUAGCAGCAGGCUUUUAUGUAAAGAAAAGAAGUCGCAGACUUCAGCCUCUGAGCUACAGCUAACUGAUACUAAAGUUCAGUUGGAAAAAUUCUCCACUCUGGUAACCGCUAUUUUGAGCAGAGAAACGGAAGGGGAGCAGUGGCAACUGAUGCUUGUAGAAAAGCAGAAAGAAAUAGACACCAUGAAAGAUGAAUUAAAAAGUAUGCAGUCACUUGAGAAGCAGAAGGAGCUGCUGCAGAAUGAUAUGGAACAGAUGAAGGGCAACUACCAAUCUGAAAUUGAAUGUCUGUCAGCAGAAAUGGCCUCAGUCAAGGAAACACUACAAACCCAGCAGUCUCUCUGGCAAGAAAGGGAAGAGUCUUUUGCAGAACUGAAUAAGCAGGUUGAAUUUCUUCAAGGCAAGAUAAAUCAGUCAGAAGAGAUAGUAAGAACCAGUCAAGAAAAAUUGUACCUCGAAAGUAAGAAGGUAGCAAGUCUCCUUGAAGAAAUAGGGAAUAAAGAUCAACUCAUCCAAAACUUAACUUCCCAGGUGAAUCAGCAGAAGAAUUUAAUUGCUGGUCUAAGCCAGCAACUGAAAGAAAAGGACUCUUCUGUUACCCAGAUUAUGGAGUCGUUGUCUAAUGAGAUGCUGAAGUUUUCUGAAGAGAGAAAUGCAUUAAACACCAAACUGCAAGGCCUGGAAGCUGCCCAUAACAAUUCUUUAGGAGAAUUGACCAGAGCCUUGCAGGAGCUUGAGGAUUGUAAGAAAGAACUGGAGCAGAGUCGGGUGGUGUUGAGCAGUAGAGAAGCUGCAUUUCAAGAGCUGAUGAAUGAAAAAGAGGAGGUGCAGCUCAAUCUUGAGAAAAUGGGCAAAGAGAAAGACAAUCUGAAGAAGAAACUUCAAGCAGCAUUGAUAGUGAGAAGAGAUCUAAUGCAGAAAGUUGGAAGAUUAGAGAAGUGUGGGCAAGAAGAACUAGAGAAAGAGCAAAGAAAAGCAGAGGAGCUGUUGAAGGAUGUUAAUGAGUUAUCAGAGAAGCUGAAGCUAGUUGAAGUACAAAAUAAAGAUUUUGAGUCUCAUCUUGGAACUCUGAAGCAACAACUUUUAGAAAGAGAUGCGAAAAUAAAUGAUUUGACCACAACCUUGUCUGCAAAAGCCUCUUCCUUCCAGCAACUUCAGGACCAUGUUGCAGAACUAAAUGAUGUCGUUGCUGAAAAGCAAAAGGUAUGUGAGCAGAACCUGAAGUCUUUAGAGGAAAAGGACCUCAUGCUUGCUCAUAUGCAGUCUCUGCUGGAUGAGAAAGCAAGUGCAUAUGAAGAGCAACGCUCUCGGCUGCUCUUAGCACUCGAAGAAGUUAAGAAAAAGGAAGAGUUGUUGAAAAAUACCAGUUCAGAAGAGCCUGAUUGGAGUGCUGGGGACAGGAAGAAGUGUCUGGACCCCAAGGAUGACACUAAUGUCACAGAUCAGUUAAAGCAGGAAAAAGAAAGGAAUUUGGAAUCAGACAAAGCAAGAAGCAAGGUUCAGGUUGUGUCCUUAAAAGAGUCAGGAAACACCAUCAAUUCAGAGGCAAGCGAAGACACUGAGUUAAAAGAACUAAGAAACCUUAAUGCACAACUUCAGGAGGAAACAGAAAUGUUCAAGAAAGAAUUGAGAGCAAUAUCAAUUGAAUUUGGUGAUGAAAGAGAAGAAAGAGUCAACUUAAACCCUUUGAGACAGCAGGAGCAGCACCAGGAGCAAUCUAAGGGCAGCUUUUUGGAGGACAUUAAGUGGCUACAGAAAAAGUUGAGAGCGUAUGAGGCUGAAGCUGUGGAUAUCAGGACAGUGCUUGAACGUGUGAAUGAGGAGAAGGAAGCACUUACUAAACAAAGGGAAGAGGAUUGCAGGAUGAGCCAGGAGCAGCUGCAGAGACUGAGAGUUGAAGCUGAGGAGCAGGUGGCUGCAAAGAAUGAGGAAAUAGAAGCCUUGCGUUGUUCACUGACGGAUUUCAAAGAUAAACUUGAUCUGGAGAAGGAACUACUAAGGGAAGCUAUGAAGAGGGUUGAAGAAGAGGCCGACCGUUACAAAACAGCCUUUGAAGAAGAGAGGAGUGCAAAAGAGAAACUUGCCAGUGGUUUGGAAAAGUCCAAUUUGGAGCUCAUUAAUAUGAAAAAGGAGGCAGAACGCUUCAGUGAAGAAAACAAAGGACUGCUGACAGAGCUGUGUCUGCUCCGUGAGAAGGCUGAGGUGAGACCUGUGGGGUCGUGCAAGGAGGAAGGAAACGAUGCUGAGAAAGAAGUGGGAGAGUUCUGUUUGGAAAGCAAUUCCCCUCAGGGAAAGCUGCAAAGUAAAGGCUCCUCUUUUCCACUGUCAGAGACUGAUCACUCCAGGGAAACUGAACUGAGAGAAGCAGCACAGUGUCAAAUCCAGAAAGAAACCCCAAUGGUGGAAGAGCCACUGGCAAAGGCUGUGAAUGGGAAUGACGCAGGAGAGCAGAGAACCGCAGCAGAAGAGAAGCCCAGGGAGCGCCUGCAGAGGAAACUGCAGGCGGCUUUAAUAUCGCGUAAAGAAGCCCUGAGAGAAAACAAAUGUCUGAAAGACCAGAUUGAUAAGCUGAUGUUGGAAAGAGAAGAGCUGGUCAACAAGACAGGGAUGCUUGAACAUUUGUUGGAGCUUGGUAGAGAAAGCCAAAGUUCCAGCACUGUUUCUCCGCUGCCUGGAGAGGAGAGCCUCGUGUCUGAAAAUGCCAGGCUGCUGACCGAGAAUGAAAACCUCACUGCGGCCUGUGAAAGUCUGAAAUCCACCAUGGAGACUAUAGUUCAGGAAAAAGAGGCCUUUUCUUUCCAGCUGAACACCUUAAAAGAUUCUCAGACAGUUGAAUUAACAGGAUGGAAAGCUAAACAUAGUGAAUUAAAGCAGGAGUAUGAAUCACUUCUUCAGGCCUAUGAGAAUAUCAGUAGUAAAAUAGCAGAUAUGAGGCAAGUUAUUGACCUCAGUAGAAAAGAGAAGCAGGAGGCUAUGCAAAGACUGAGGGAAGGACAAUCUGAGAAGGAGGCUCUUGAGAAGCAUUUACAAAAACUCACUGAUGAAAAUGAGGUUAUUAAGAAUCAACUGAAGCAACUCGGUGAAUCCAAGAAAACAGAGGUUGAAGAACUGCAAAGCAAAGCAGAGAGGCAGAUACGUGAGCAGGAGGCAAGGAUGCAAGAGCACCAGGAUCGUCUUCAUGAACUCACCCAACAGAAUCAUCAGCUAAUGGAGGAAAAUGAGCAGCUGAAAUUAACUUCUGAAAACUUAAAGCAAGCUUUAGAGAAAAUUCAAGAUGAAAAUGAUACCCUUCAUAAUAACAUCACUGUAACUAAAGCAGCUUUGGGAGAGCUCCAGGUUCAGAUGGAAGUGUACCAAAAUGAUAUGCAGUCUAAAAUCAGUGAUGCUUUAUGUGAGAAUGAAUCACUGUUGAAGGACAUUAAUGUAUUAAAAGAUAAGCUCUCAGAUAAAGAACAAGAUGUGCUUGUCCUGGAACAAGAAAGAAAACUGAUUUCAGAAAAAGCCAAAGAGACUGAAAAAUCUUUGGACCAUAAAAGUCGCUGCCUAACAAAGCUGGACAUGGAAUGUAAAAGUCUUACCCAAGAGAUUGUUAGUCUAAAUGAAAAGGUUAAGAUUUUAGAGGAUGAUAAAUGUCUGCUGCAGGAGGAGUUAGAAAACGUGCAAGAGAGUUCUUACAAAGUAAAGAACGAGAGAGAAUUUCUUGAGACUGAGUUGCUUAAUCACGUCAAAAAAGUUGAUCAUCUCACCGACAGAAUGAAAUCAGCACAGGUACAGAACAACUUGCUCUUACAGCAGCUGGAAGAGCUAAAGGCAGAAAAGCACAAUGUGAUUAGGGAGAAAGAAGAACAGCAGCUACACCUUGUCAGGGUGUUUGAGGAGAAGGUGAAAAGUGCUCAGAGGGAUACCAGUGGAAGCAAGAGCAAAACUAAGGAAUUGCAAGAGCUCUUGAAGGAGAAGCAGCAGGAGAUCAACCAUUUGCAAAAGGACUCUAUAAAGUUCCAAGAGCUGAUCCUAGAUUUGGAAAAAUCUGUGAAACUGUCACAGUCAGAAAGUGAAAAGUUUGAGAAGGACUUGAGGAAUAUGUCAGAAAAGCUGGCAAAGUCCAAUGAAGAAAGACACCAGCUCAAGGAAAAGCUCGCUUUGCAGAUGAACCUGUUGGAUCAGUCAAAGAAUGAAGUGGGCAGGCUUAGAGAAGAAAAUCUAAGCUGGCAAAAAGAGCUUAAGAAGAAGGAGGAGGAGCUACAAAUCCAAAAGGGAGAAUAUGAGAGAAAAUUGGAAUUCAAUCUUCAACAGCUAAAAUUGCUUCACAAAAGAGAGUUUUUGAACCUGGAGGAAAGACACGGUGCCCUUGAGAGAGAGAAAGACAGGGCACUAAGUGAGAUCCAGGGGCUGCAAGGAGAGGUCAGCAUGAGGGACUCUCAAAAGAAGCAGCUUCAAGCAGAUCUGAAUGCAGCUCUGGCACGAUUAGCUGCCUUCACCAAGUGUAUGUCCUCCCUGCAGCACGACCGGGACAGGGUCAUCACAGAAAUGCAGACCUGGGAGGCGCAGUUCAAGGAGGUGAUCCAGAGCAAAGAGAAGCAGAUUGAAGAGGGGAAUAAAAGAAUGUUGUCUUUACAAGAUGAAUUGAAAGACAAAAUUGCCCAGAUUCAAGAACUGAAUAUCAAAUGUUCUGUGGUAGAGGAAACAAAGGAUGAGCUGUAUUUGAGACAGAAAUCUGUUGACAGACAGCGCUGCGAAGAGCUCUGCAGAAUAAAGGAAGAAAACACCUUUUUUAUCAACAGGCAGCAAGAACUGGAGAGUGUUCUUCAGUCCAAAGAAGCAGCUCUGCAAGCACUCCUUAAAGAAAAUAGUUCUCUUAAUCAUCUUGUAGAGAAUAGUAAAAGCACAGGAAAAGAGAUAAAAGCUCUGGAAAGUAAUUUUACCCGACAGGAGCAAGAGCUGCAACAGCUUCUGUCUGAGAAGGAAAAAAUGAAUGCUGAAUUGCAAAAGCAGGUUACCGUCUCUGAGCAAAUGAAGGUCAUGCUCAAUAAUAAAGACAAAGAAAUUUCCUUGCUCCUUUCUUCAAAAGGUGAUGACAUUUCUGAUUAUCUGAAUCAGAUACAGACUCAACACAGAAACCAAAUCCAAGAGUAUGAGCUGCAGCUAAGGUCUCUGCAGACAGAGAGACAACAAUCUGCAGAGGCCUGUCAAAGGCUGGAAAGCGAACUGAGGAACCUCCAGAUGAAAGCAGACAAAACAGGUGAAGAGAAGGCUGCAAUUGCCAGUGAAAUAGAUGCCUUUAAAAGAUCAAUGUCAUCCCUGCAGAACGAUCGAGAUCACCUUCUGUCCAAGUACAAGGAGCUGGAGCAGCUUCACCAAGAGGUCUUAAGUCAGCGGAACAGUCUCCUGGUUGGCAAUGCGAGUGAGAACAACGCUUUGAAGGAAGAGCUGAGGGUACUCCUCAAUCAGAUAGAUGAUCUGCAUUCUCAGAAUGCAAUGCUAAGUGCACAGCUGAUAAAGUACAGGGAAGACCUUAACCAAGUGUUAUUUCUGAAAGACCAUCAGCUGAAAGACUUACUUAAGCAGAAAUUGGACUGCAUUAAAAGCCUUGAACAAGAGAAGUACGAUCUUCAAAAACAAAUCAAAGACAUUCAGCUUUCCAGCGAGGUGCAGAAGGAGGCAGCUGUGUCUUUGGAGCAUGAGAAUAAAAAGUUAGUGUCCAAAUUGAAGGACUUAGAAUCUUUAAUUGCAUCAUUAAACAAAGAGAAACUGGUUUCUGAAUCUGGAGAGAAACUGCUCCCUAGUGGUAGUGUUCAGAAAAAAGAGUGGGUGUCAAAUGGACAGUAUGGAGAGAACCUGCAGAAGAAGGUUCAAGAAGCCCAGAAGUCAAGGGACAGAAAUGCUGAGGAUGCAGAUGAGGGCUACAGUAAGACUCUUUCGACUCUUGAGCGUGGAGAUGAACCUGAUGCUUUUGCAGAGAAAAUGAUGCUGGAAGUUCAGUCUCAGAACAGUGAGCUGAGGUCCCAAAAUGAGGCCUUUGGGAGGGCAAUGACUGCCCUGCAAAACGACCGAGACAGGAUAAUAGAGGACUUCAAGGUACUUCAGAGCAGGUACACAUCCGAACUCAAGACUGAAAAAAAGAAAGGAGAUGAACUUGAAGCUGAGCUGGAUGGUUUUAAAUUGCAUCUUAUCAGUGUGCUCAAAGAAAAUUCUCUCCUGAAUCAGGCUCUUUUUGAUGCUGCAGAGAAGGUGACACUUGCCCAGAUUGCUGAGGAGAUUGAAAAGCUCUGUAGGACGUUAGUCAGUCGAGGGAUGGAGGUUAGCAGGCUCUCGUCUGAGUGUGGCAAUUACCUUCACCAGCUUGAAGCGUUUGCCAAGGCUAUGGCCAGCCUUCAGGAUGACCGAGACAAGCUGCUGCAGGAGCUCAGCAGUCAGAAGGCUAAAGAAGGAGCCAGCCAUGCAGCCCUUGAAAUAUCAAAACUGAAGACCAAAGUUGAUGAUUUGGAGAAGGCACUGCAGCAGACCAAAGCCUUCCAAGCAGAAACUGAGAGAGAGAUUGCAUCAUACCAGAAUGAGCUUGCUGGAUUAAGAAUGGAGAAGACCCUUCUCCUCUCAGAGUCCCAGGCACUGCAACAUCAGUGCCAGCUCACAGUGGCUGAGAAGGACAGGCAGAUUGCAGAACUGCAGAAGCUGCAGCAAGAUGUGAUUGCUAAGAGAUCCUUUUCCCCUGGCAGCAAUUAUCCAGUCAAGGCUCUGGAAGCUGCCUCCCUUGCUGGGGGUGCAGAGCUGCUGGAGGACCCCAAGCAUGUCCUGGCCGAGAAGCAGCAGCUUCAGACGGAGCUGCAGCGCUGUCUGCAGGAGAUGCACCAGAAGGAGCUGCACUUCCAGCAGGUGAAUUCCAAGGUGGUGCAGUCAGCAGAGGAGAAUGCUGUGCUGUCUGCCCAGCUGAAGACUCUCUCCCAGGCUCUGAGGGACAACCAGCUUCGGUACACUGACCUGCAGAGUCGGUACUUAAGGCUGGAGAGGGACUAUCAGACAAUGCAGGUGGCAUCUUUCCAAGGCACUGCUCAGGAUGAAAGCAGAGCAGAAGUUCCCCCUGGAGCACCACAGGAACGAUCUGCAGUUGUUGAAAUAGACAAUGUGGAGCUAAAUGAACUCAGGAAAAGGCUUGCAGAGACUGAGCAGCAGUAUGAGUCGGUGCAGCAGGCUCUGUCUCAGCUCACAGAGACACUGUCAGAAGAGAAGAGGAGGAGAGAAGCUGCAGAAGAGGCUCUUGGGCUCUGUGAGGAGCGAAGUAACAGGUUUGAAGCAGGCAGUUACAGACCUGUGCCCAGCGAAUACAGCGUUCAGCUGGAGAGCGAGGAGGAGAGGGAGGCCUUGAUCCUCAGCCCUGGGGAGCAUGUGGUGGUGAGGAAGGUGAAGGGAGGAGCCCUUUCCCUCCGCCGCUGGCUGCGAGGCCGAAGUCUCUACUGCUCCAAGCUGCUGACCUCCAGAGCCAAGUCUCGCUACCUGUUCCUCACCUACCUGCUCACCCUGCACCUGCUGGUGCUGCUCUGCCUCUCUGGGGUGCUCUGAACACAUCUGGGUGGAUGACUUCCCUCUAGCUAACGGUGUGCCAAGGUGGUGGACUUCCCACAUGCUGCUGCUACGCUAUGCACUGGACACGGUUGUUGUACACUCUCCUUGCACUACACAGACCCUGAGCUUCUGCCAAGAACUUUGUGUCUGUCACAGUGGCUCCAAAGCUGACUUGAAUUGCUCUGUACCAGUGGGAUGUUCUGUUUGCUAAGGAGAAAACCUUCCCCUCAGCCCUGCAAAGAAGCUGCUGCAGAUGAGUUAUUUAAUACUGUUGGUGAGUGGCAGUGAUUGGUUCCUGCUGAAUGGUUGUCCAGGAGAGCUUUUCUAGAGAAACUUUAUUUUAAGAGUUGAACUAUAUAAAUUCUAAAGGAAUCUCCAGCUACUACUGAUCAUUGGCUUCUUGAUUGUAACAAGAAGCUUCACAGAGUGCAAUAAAGGAAGAACUACUGGA